UUGGAAGUCAGAACCGGAACUCCUCACUGAGCUAAGUAGGGUGAUGAGGAGUUUGAAGUGUGCUAUUCAGUUUUCUGAUGCAUACCCAGACGGUCUAAGAGUUUGACUGGAGUCAGCGGUGGUAGUGACAGAUUCCAAAUCUCUUCGUUUCCCGUGUUCUUGGAUUACUCCUGUGGUGAUGUGAUCCUCCGUUCAGAAGUUUGGACAGUGGCCUCCUGUUUCCCCAGCUUUCUGACUGGCAGAUGUCUCUGGAUUGGCUAGAACACCUGCAGGUGUCUCCUAUGGCUGGCGGCUGGAAUCUGACUUUCAUCAGUGCUAAAGACCCAACCUCAGGAAGCCCUGCAAAAAGAAUCAGGACACAAUCACAGUUGCCUACAGCUGUGCUGUUAUAAUUCUCCUAAUAAAUCAUGGGACCAACAGGCAAGAUGUCUGUGUUCGGGAUUCACUCCACUGUAACACCAAGAUUGUGGAAUGAGGCCUUUCUACCACGAGAAUGAAAAUAAGGGUAGAAAAAUGCUUCCUGGACUGUUUAGCAUUGAGACAAGGACCACUCACAGAGUGUUCAGCAGAAUGACUUCCCCUCUCUAACAACCCAAGGGUUGAGGUCUGGGCUCAUCCAAGGCUUUCCCUACAGCCCUUAUUUGUGGAGAAGAAACAUAGCUCUUUUUCAAACUCUGGAGCACACUUGACCGAGCCAGUAACAGCGUGGGGCCAGGACCUUGGGAGCUUUUCUCUGAGGCCCUGAUGGAGAUGGAACACAGCUGCUUCUCAAAACCAGGACCCUGUUACUGAAGAACGACCGGCUGCUGGUCCAGGUUGCCUAGGAAUGUUGCCUAUAAUAUUUGACAACAUGCAUCCAGAAUACCAUGUCCUGAGUCAAUGAAAAGUAUGAACAAUUCAAGAUAUAUCCUCGUCCCUUCUAGAAUCAAGUUAUACUCAAUGACCCAACUGGCCCUAAGAAAUAAAACCCAGGGUGAAGGGCUUUGGAGGUCCCUCCACUGUGAUGUGACAGGGGUAUGUGCAUGCCCAUGACAAGGCUCAAGCAGCUUUCCAAAGUCUAAGGUUAAAAAAAAAUCUCUGGAAUAUAUGAACUUAGCAGACCACUCGCUUCCAUCAACCAAAACUAAGAAUUUCUCAUCGGAGAGCAUCUGGGAGUGCGAGAGAGUUUGGUUGCUUUGCUGUCACACCCCUACCCAGCCUUCCCACUGAGAUGAGAGGCCCUGACACUUGACAGUCAUCAGGUGAGGAGCCAAUAGAAAUCUACAGCAUCAUGAACUUCUAGGGCAUGGUCCUGAAAUGUGUGUCCUUGGUCUGAAUGUCAUCUGACUCACUGCAGUGUGAUUAGACAGUGAAAGCAGGAAGAUCUGGAGUUUGAGGCUAGCCAGGGCUACAUGAGACUCUACAAAAACCAUCAAGGAGAAGUGGAGGUUGGUGAUGUGUUCAAACACACAUAAGCUCUUAUAAAGGGAAGGCCAUACAGUGGUAGCACCCUACCGGCCACAGAAGGAGCCUCCCCACCAAGCUCACCCAGUUCUUAGAAAUGAGACCAAACCAGGCCUUUAUGUUAAAGGACAAUUUGAACCAUGAAAACGAUGACCAGUCGUAAGUCACUGUGGGUGCUGCUGUUUAUAGCUAUCUUCUGGGUCUCAUUUACAGUUUUCAGAAACCCAUCAAAGAUAUGGGUUCACUUCAAGUUGCCUGUGUCCUUCAGUCACCAGAAUUUGGUCACAACAUCCUCAUGCCCUACAGUGCCUCUGAACCUACCAGUUGCACCAAAAGGGACAGAGCUGAGAGUCAGGGAGGUCCUAGAGAAACUAGACAAACAGAUCCCGCCCAGGCCUUUUGCCCAUCUCAACACCACCACCAGCGCCACUCACAGCACAGCCACCAUCCUCAACCCUCGAGACACACACUGCAUGGGGGAAAAACUGGAUGUGCUGUUGGAAGCCAGGGACCACCUGGGACGCAGGAAGGAGUAUGGUGGAGACUUCCUGAGGGCCAGGAUGUCCUCCCCAGCCCUGAAGGCAGGAGCUUCUGGAAAGGUGACAGACUUCAACAAUGGCACCUACCUUGUCAGCUUCACUCUGUUCUGGGAAGGCCCGGUCUCCCUGUCUAUCCUGCUCAUGCAUCCCAGUGAAGGAGUGUCAGCUCUCUGGAGAGCAAGGAAACAGGGCUACGACAGAAUCAUCUUCACUGGCUGGUAUGUAAAUGGAACCUCUCAGGUCCACACUGAGUGUGCCUUGGUUCUAAACUCAAGUGUCGAACUCUGCCGAUAUCUGGACGCCCAGUACCAAGAAGCAUUCUACUGUGUGAAGCCUCCAAAUGUACCCUGUGCGGCUCUUACCCACAUGCAUUCGAAGAACAAAGAAGUUUCCUAUCUUAGGCAGCAAGAGAGGAGCCUCUUUGAAAGGUCAAAUAUAGGUGUGGAGAUUAUGGGAAAAUCCAAUGUGAUUAGUGUCUCCAAAUGCAACAAAGAAGCUGUUCCAGCAAAAGAGAGAUGCAAGCUCGGGAAGGCAUCUGCAAUCCCCAGUGGGCACGUCUGGAAAAACACCUGGAUUCCAGCCUCCUGUAGUUUGGCUCCGAUCAAAAUGAAAGACUGCCUGAGAGGAAAAUUCAUCCAUCUGAUGGGGGAUUCCACAAUCCGCCAGUGGAUGGAAUACUUCAAAAGCAGUAUCAACACACUGAGGUCUGUGGAUCUGCAUGAGACUGGAAAACUGCAACAUCAACUCGCUGUGGACUUGGAUGAAAAUAUCAACAUCCAGUGGAAAAAACAUGGUUACCCCCUUAUUGGGUCAUUGGUCUACUCUGUCAAAGAGAUGGAGUACAUUGCACGGAUAAUUGACAGAACUGGAGGAGAGAAAAACACGGUCAUUGUCAUUUCUCUGGGUCAGCAUUUCAGACCUUUCCCCAUUGACCUCUUCAUCCGAAGGGCCCUCAAUGUCCACAAAGCUCUUCAGCGUCUUCUCCUGAGAAGCCCAGACACUAUGGUUGUCCUCAAAACAGAAAACGUCAGGGAGAUGAGCAGUGACGUGGAAAGACUAGGUGACUUCCAUGGUUACACCCAGUACCUUGCCUUAAAAGAUAUUUUCCAGGACCUCAAUGUGGGUGUCAUUGAUGCCUGGGAUAUGACAAUUGCAUAUGGCACAAAUGAUGUCCAUCCACCACAGCAUGUGGUUGGAAGUCAAAUUAAUAUAUUCUUAAAUUAUAUUUGCUAGCAAACACAUAACUCUGAAAGUCACUCAUUGAAUUUCAAAGAUGCAGUGAAUUCUGCUGGCAUGUCAGGUACCAGGAUGUCCCAGUUAGUCCAAGGAGUUAGUCUUCACUCUGGUCCAUGUGAUCCACCCAGUUCAGCCUGACUAGGCCCUAGACUGGGCUUCUGCUUCAAGUUGAAGCUCAAAAGAAUCAAUGAAUGGUCCUCCCUUUUUGAUCAGGUCCUCUCUUUUCUGAUCAGAGCCAACCUAUUCUUCAUCAAUUAGAAGUUAGGAUUCCCUUGGGUGAGUCCAGGAAAAUUAAGUAAUUUUGUAUAAUAUUUUUAAAGGUCUUUGAUUCAAUUUGUAAAUAUUUUUGUGGAGACUUUUUAUAUCCAUGUUCAUCAGAGAAAUUGUUCUGUACUUUUUUCUUGGUUGUGUCUCAAAGUUUGACAUCGGGACAAUACAGACUUCAGAGAAAGAGUUUGGUAUCAUUCCUUCUGUUUGUGAUUAGUAGAUGGGUAUGAGAAGCAUUGGUUAGAUUUUCUUUAAAAGUUCAUAGUAUUCAGUACUGAAUCUGUCCAGACCUGAACUUUUCUUUGGAGAGAGAACUAUAAUUAUCACUUCAAUCUCAUAGCUUAUUAUGGGUCUAUUUAAAUUGUUUCUAAUUCCUAGGUUUAGUUUUGAUCGACCAUAUACAUUUAGAAAUUUAUCUUUCUUCUAGGCUUUCUAGAUUUUUGGAAUAUAAGAUUUUGGAUCAUCCAGAACAAAAUAUGCAUGGAAACACUACCAUGAAACCUAAUAUUUUGUUACUUUAGAACAAAAAUAAAAUAAAAUUUUUAUAUGAAAAACAUAUUAAAAUAGGAAUGAAUAAUGGAAAAUAUUUUAGUAAAUUUUUACUCUUAUAUAUUAAAUAUAAAAUUAUAGUUUGGUUUUUAUAAAUAUAUUAUAAAUUAUAUAUUUUUGUUUGUUUGUUUGUCUUUUAGGUUUUGGGGUUUUUUUUGACAGGGAUUCUCUGUGUAGCCCUGAGUGUCCUGGAACUUGUUCUGUAUACAGGCUGGCCAUGAACGCAGAGAUCUGCCUUUCUCUGCCUCUUGAGUGCUGGAAUUAAAGAAAUAUGCCACUAUUGCCCAC